GGUUUUCGAGAGUCCAUUCUUUGGCUCCUGGCAAUGAAAACAAACUAACGUUCAGUUCGUUUUACAACUUCUUCUUCAGUUAGGUUUCUUCAGAGUGUUUGUGUUUUUAGUGUAAAAACCUAAGUGAAUUAGGUGCUUAGCGAACUGAGAAUGUUGCUGGACCCGAGGUUGGUCCUGCUCACAGGCGUUCUUCCAUUACUUGGAUUGGUAAAUGGAGGCCCAGCUCGAGUCCUAACUGCUGAAGGAGACAUAGGCAAUGAAGGCAUAUCUGAUGAAGGCACCGUGAAGUUUAACGGAAUCUAUGAUGAAGGCACAGAGGAGGGAAGUUCGGGAAUGCUUGAGAGGUUAUGGACUGGAUUUAGCAGUAGAUUAAAUUUAUUUGGCGGUGGAGAGUUGGAAAAUAAGCUUCAAAGAUUUCGCUCGAAUGCUGUACAAAGUCUAAGGAAUAAUGUUAAGGAACUAAAGGAUAUCAGGAAACGUCAGAAAAGAUCUCAUCCUAUAGAGAGUAUCCUUUCAAAGGAGACAAAAGGUUUCUAUAAACUUUCUGGUUUGGAUGGAAAUGUCAACAGUCACCUGAGAACUUUUACUUCACCAGUAAAUGCCAUAUCGAUGGAGGUAUUUGAGCACCUGAACUUACUCUUCUGGCUUGUGACAGAAGAUUACUAUAGCAUUGAUAAUCCGGGAAAUUUGCACGUGUAUAUGUUAGACGUGGCACGCAACACACUGCAGAAGACCCAGACCCGUACCUUAGGUGCAAAGAAGUGUAUACCAGUUUUAAAGCUCAAUGUUUUUAUCGAAGUUGUUUGUGUGGAGACACUAGAACAGGAAGUUCAGGAUUCUUUGAGGAAAGGAUCUGGUAGUGGAGUCUACAGGAUAACCUGGUCAGAUGGACUGAAGGUAGAAUUCAAAAGAGCUCUGAAAACACAAACUGCUCAGGAUGUUGCUGUGUGGGAGUUUGGGGAGAGUACAUUUAUUGCAUUUGCAAACUCGUAUGAUCCAGUACAGAGGUAUGGAGAGCUGUUGAGUGUUGUCUUUCAGCUACAGACAACCACACAAAAUGGCAUUAUCUUCCCAAAUUAUGAUAAAAUUGAUAAUGCAGGAUUUGGUACAAAAUAUGCUUCUGGGUUAGAAGCUUUCAGGAUAGUUUCUAGACAGUUUCUAGCUGUUGCAAACCAUAAAGAUGACAUGGGGAAUGUGGAGAUCGACAGUGUAAUCUAUGUGUACGACUUGCAUAGGAGAAUUCUGAACCCAUUCCAGCGUAUAAGAACUACUGGCGCUCGUGACUGGACUGCUUUCAGCUUUACCGAGGGAGCAAGCUCUGAAUAUUUCCUUGCUGUUGCAAAUGAAUACAGAAUUGACAGAAAAGGUAACAAGGAUUUUGAAGUGGACUCUGUGAUCUAUAAGUAUGAUAAUGGCAAGUUUGUGCCAUUCCAGUGUAUCAGAACUAAUGGUGCCCGACAAUGGAUAGUGUAUCAGGGAACACAAGGUGAAUUUCUCUUGGCAGUAGUUAACGGACAGUCAGGAGUGUUUUUCUACCAAUACAAUGGUUGGCGGUUUAUACAGACAACUCAAAAAGUUUCUGGUCUGGGUGUGGUGUCAGCCUCCUUUGUUUAUUUGCCAGUUACACUUAACAAGCUGCUGCUGACUGUAGCAAAUCCAUUUGAUACUUCAGCAAAUAGACCAUUAACCUACUAUGUUUCCUUCGAGUAUCUGAAUCCCUUGGGAAAGUAUUACGAUGAUUCCCUGGUCUGGUGUAAAUCUCUCAAGAAUACCAUAGCAAAUGAUGGCUUGUCUGAUCUGGUCAGAAGAGUUCAACAAGCAACUAAGGUUGAUGGACCAAAGAACUUUACAACUUCUGUUACUAUUAGGGGUAACCUUAAAGUUACGGCACAGUUUACUAGCAUCUUGAACAUUGUAGUUCUGUCACAAGGAUUGAGCUUUGACCUUGGUGUACAAGCCUUAAAUGGGUUAAUAGCCACGAUAGAAGAAGCACGACAGAGACUGAACAUUGUCAAACGACUGUUGCAAGAAGCCAAGAACAUAAAUUCACAAACUGAUCUAGAUGGUGUGAAGUUUUCAAGAAUAAAGAUAAUUUGUUCAAGUGGAAACAGAUGCUCUGUGAAUUCCAUUAUUGCAAAUACGGUAAAUGGUGUUAGUGCUUCAUUUGAUGACGUCAUCCGCAUUAAUCAAGAUUAUAAUAUUCCGAACUUGAAACUGGAAGAGUUUAUUGUAACAAAUGGUGGACAGAUUACUGUUGACUUUAUAAGUGGACCAGGUUUUCCAAGAACUCCGUUCUCCGAAAUAGUGAAACUGACUGGUAAUCAUAACAUUAUCGGGAAGAAGACUUUUGGUAAACUACAAGCAAAUUUCCUCGUAGUAUCGGGAACUGUGGGCGGUAAAAAAGUUUCCAGAGACAACCUCCUGUUAACAGUAACUGAACAAAGGAUAACUUCAGAAGUUACUGUGAAGUCUCUAAGGACUAAUUCUAUUAUUGUGAAGAAUAUAAAUGGACCGCGAUUUUUCAAGCUUCCUGAAGAACCUUGUUUUGUUGAAGGGUGCUACUAAACGUUCACAGGUCCUCUCAUUAUAAAGGGCAACUUAAUUGCACCCUCGAUCAAGACUCUGAACCCUGUGACUCCUCUGGACCCUGUCACUGCAAGCAAAAAUGUUCUUCUGCAUAAUACUGGGGAAACUCAGAUUAUUACUGGUUCGCAUAAGCUUGCUGAUCUCCAAGCCCUACAAGGUAUAACUAUUAAAGGCCUACUGAAUGGUUUGUCUGUACCUGAUGAUUUUUAUUUGAGGAACUCCAACGAAAUCAUAAACAGACCUGUGACCUUCCAGGAUGUUGUCGCUGAUAUGGUAACAAUUGGUAGCAUGCUUGGUGAUGUGCAGGUCAGAAAUGGAGAGUUGGAUCUUCUCCUCCUAAAUGGUGACCAAGUAGUAUCAGGAAAGAAAAGUUUCGAUAAAAUUACCAUACUCGGACAUUCUACUGUCGCUGGAACUGUUGCUGGCUAUAGAUUGGAGGAUUUCAAAUCUAACCUGGCAGCAGAAGUAAUAAGUGGUAUUAAUGCUGGUCGCAGGAUUUUUGGAACAGUGACUUUUGAAGGUGGAUUAACAGUCUUGGAUGACAUAGUUGAUGGUGUUAGUAUUUCCAGGAUAUUAAACAAUGCGAUAACCCUUAAUGCAAGCAGAAUUGAUAACAAAGUGACCUUUGAUGGUCCUGUGCAGAUUGAUGGAGACUUGACAAUUACUGAAACUCUGAAUGGAGUGGGUAUUGGAGAUUAUGUACUAAAAGAUGGUACACACACUUUCACUGGGGAUGUCAAAUUUACAACAGAUUUGGUGACCAAGAGUAACAUAGAGGCUGGUAAAGUGAAUGGUUAUGAUUUGAGCUCCUUGGCGUCUAGACUAAUUUUGUUGGAUGGAGCCCAGACCAUCACUGGAGAUGUUACUUUAUAUUCGCCAGAGUUCCUUGAUCUUUCUGUAUCUGGUGACGUGGUAGUCAGUGGUGUCAACUUGAAGAAUGUUGUAACGGUGAACAGCAAUGCAGUUAUAACAGGAGAGAAGACCUUCACUACUCUCAAAGUAUUAUCUGGUGCCAAAGCUGGUGCAGUGGAUAUGGGUCAGUUUGGUAAAAUAGAUGGAGUGGUAAUUAAUGACUUGUUCUUCGCAGACUCGCUAAGGAAGACUGCAACAUCUGUGCAAAACCUGGUAGGAAGGCAGUUGAAUGUCUUAAUAGCAUCAAGCGUUUCUGGAACCAAUCUUGCUAGCUUGCUGAGAAGAUUAAUUUACAAAGACAGACCAGCAAGCAUAAAUGGAUCACUGACUUUCACUGGCCCAGUUACUGUAAGGGAUUUGACAUUCAAUGGAAACUUUGAUGGUGUAUCUGCUGCAGACUAUAGUUCUGGAUGGCUAUUGAAGACUGGUACUCAAACAUUAACAGGCCGUAACUCAUUCUUCAACUUGAAUUCAGGAGCUGUAGUGUUUGGUGGGAGAUUUAUAAAUGGAGUUGACCUCGACUCUCUCUUGAAGAACACUGCUAAAAUUGAUGAGCCUACAACUCUAGGGGGAAUAACGUUUGAUGAGGUAAUAUCCACAAGCCCAGUAAACUUGGAUGGGAAAAUUCAAGGCAUCAAACUUCGUGAUGAAGCAUUGUUGUCUAAUGGAGUAAAUCAAGUGGUGACCGGUAUAAAAACCUUCUGGAGCAAAAUUGGUUAUUCUGGCCAAUUUAAUGUAGACGGUUACUUCUUAGUAAAAAAUAAUCGUGAUGACAACCCAGUUUCAAUAGAUGUUGGAGGUCUCUGUAACUCGAAGGUUACAAGUGGCAAAGAAAUGUAUAUACAGGAGCUGACAGUAGAUGGUAAUGUGUUCUUUGGUGGAAACGUGAACAUCACUGGCUCGAUCAAUGAUCUUUCAGUUAUUAAUUUGGCAAGCACCUUCUGGCUUAGUGAUACUCCAAACUUCAUACCAUCUGUUACCCAUUUUGCAGAUGUUGAGAUUGUACCAAAUGCAAACCUUAUUUUGGAGGGUCGCUUAAAUGGAGUAGAUAUAAGAGAGCUGUGGGAGAAUUUAUUGAAGAAAGAUUGUGAUCAACAGACUAUAACUGGAGAGUACUACAUUGAGAACCUGACUGUAGAUAACCUGAAUACAGACACACUAACCAAUUCUGAUGAUGAUCUUGGACUGAACGCUUUGAAAGGGGUUCUUUUGAAAGAUGGUGACCAGAAAAUAACUGGAGUUCUUUCACUGCCCAAGCUAGAAGCAAGAGGUUCGGUCAUCCUCAAUGGAACUUUGAAUAAUCUAAGAGUGGAUACAGAUUUUGCACAAUAUAAUAAGCCAGCAGUCAUCACUGGAAGGAAGACAUUUGAGUCUUUACAAAUACAUGGAGAUCUCAACGUCGAAGACCGUGCCACAGUGCAGGGUGUUGAUGUAUCGGAACUUGUCAAGAAUGCAGUAAAGCCUAACAAUGACAGUAGUGGGAAAUGUUUUAUUCCUGGAACAACUACUUUCAGAGGUCUAAGAUUUGAAGAUGGGACAUUGGAGGUUGGUGGAACUGUCGAUGGUGUGGCUUUGAAUGGAAGCAGAGUACUCUUGAAAUCUACAGACCAGAAGAUUCUUGGCCUUAUUACCCUCAGUGGACAGACAAGCUUAGAAGCACAGGAUAUAACUGUUCUGGAUGAUAAGUUUAAUGAAAUUGUACUCUCCAGAUUGAAGGAUUUGACGGUGAGAAAAGAUCGUCCCAAUGUCAUUGAGGGAGCGGUCACAUUUGUCACGAGUCCAACCUUCACUACUGUCACAAUAUCAAAUCACCUGAUAAAUGGCUACAAUGUAACUGAUCUUGCACUGUGUUUAACUGGAAACCACGUGGUUAACAAUAUGGGAGACCAGUUUGCUCCCAUAUUGAAAGGGGCUCAAGAUGCCAGAGAUAUGCUGUCAGAAAAGGCUACAGAGUUAUGGUACUUCAGAGAGAUAGAUUUGCCCCCUGUACACAAACUGAUCCCAGUUAGUUUUCAGUUAACAAUACCAGUAUCAAAACCUACAGCAGUUGCUGGGCUCUCUCGGAACUUGCUUGCUACAUGUGGGAAAGGGAACAUGACCGCUUAUCCAAGUGGAUUCCCUUCAACAAAGAACUUUAGACAAAUACCUCUGGAAAAUGGUGAAGUACGCAGCUUUGGCCACAUAUAUUCGGUAGCUGGUGAAGUGGGAGUAGAAACUGCUUUUGGCAUAUAUCACUGCAGAGACUUGGUUAGUUUCAGACUUGCUGAUGACAGAUUGUGUUUAGCUGUAGUUGAUCAUGCUGCUAGUUCAACUGUAAUGUGUGGUAAUGCUGGACGUGGUUUCAGUCUCAUGAAUUAUCUUGGGACAACUGGGGCUGUUAAGGGUGCUUGGAUGGAACUUGGGUCUCGUACAUAUUUGCUAAUUGUUGAAGAGGCAACAGCCCAUGCUCCAGGUCGCUUAAAAGUUUUUACGUAUGAUUCAACUGUGAACCGGAUGGUGUUGGUGACUAAAGUGGAAGUUCCAGGAGCUGAUGAUGUUGAUGUGAUUAUACAAGGUAUGGGUGCUAUGAUUGCAGUCACCAAGCGGGAGCAAAAAUUCAUAUGCCGCUCUAAGGUUACAAUACUAACGGCUUACAUAGAAGACCGUAUCUUGAAAAUUGAAACGCUACAGACACUGCAAAUCGAAGAAGUUUACCAUAGCAGUAUCUCCUUGAUGCCAUCAGGGGAAGUGGGCUUAUUUGUACAAACUCUCCGUAGCAUAAAGUUGUACCUGUGGAAGUGUAUAGAAUUUGUGUUUUCAAGGGAGAUAAGAACUGAUGCAGCAGUGUGGCCAUCCUCAGAAGCUUUCCUUUACAAACAUGAUAAUGUUUCUACGCUCCUGAUUGCAUUUUCUGCCUCUGGUGCCUUGGAUCCAUCCACUAAGGAACGUGAUUUUGACUUUGUAAAAACUAAGCUCUACACUGCUCAGUACAGAGGAUCUAAGGUUAUUCUGCCGAGAUACUUGCAGUAGACAUUUUUAAAAAAUUUUUAAAUAGAUAUAUUUAAGUAAAUAC